UCAGGCACAUUGGAGAGGCACAGCGGAGACUGGGGCGCACGAGAGACAGAGAGCUGGAAUUGCAGGGGCAGAGACGCACGGGCGCACGGUCGAUUUUUGCCUCCCGCAUACUGGGGAGUCCCGUGUCUGUCACCAAAACCAGAGCACAGGGCUCGAGCGCGGUUAUGUCAGCACCUUAAUUGGGAGCAAGACUGUGAACCAACGUCCCUGCUCACCAUUUCUUCAUUUUUCCCCUCCUUUUGUGUUUUUGCUUUCCCAUCUUUGUGGGUGCAGAUAUUGAUGUGAGCCAGAGGAGCGGUUUUUCCAUUAAGCCGCACGAGACGGUGUCGCGCGACGGCAGGAGGAGACAACGUUUACAUUGAUGUGGGAGGGCGAUCGUCCUCCGACGCGGGGAGCCCAAAUGAAGGGGACAUGCUGCGCGCUGACGGCUGCAGCCGUUAAGGCAACGGCUCCGUGACCCGGGAGAGGAGAGGAGCGAAGCACCGUCACCGACAACCGCGCGAGCCCACAGCCCAGCCAGCGUUGACACCGCAACAGCUCCAGCAGCCAGCGCGAGCCCACAGACUCUCUUUCCUUUGGUUUGAGGCUGUUGGGGAUGAAGAUUGAGGUUGAAUCAGAGUCGAGGUGGUGUGGAAGAACGAGAGGCUGAUGCAACAAUGGGCAAAAGACAGGAGCAGAGGGGAGAGAGAGAAGUAUUUGAGCUCUCCUCUGCAGUAUUGAUGACCCAAUGAUCCCCUGCAGAACAGCGCCAGUCAGGCAGACAGAGCUCAACUCAGAAUCAAAAUCAGCGCCACAACCAUUCGGUAAAAGCAACCGAUUGAGCAGAUUAUGAAUGGUCAUUGAAGCAUCUUGUCUGUUGUUAGAGGGAAGACAGCUACAAAGAAGAAACACCUCCCACAGUACCAGCAAGACUGUCCACUGAAUGAGUGGCUUGUCAGAUCACCUACAUUCAGGCCAAACUGGGGCUCCAGUGGGCUUUGGUGGGACAAAGGAAAAAGAGUGUGUGGGGGGGCUGGAGGAGCUGACAGGGCCUGAGCUCUGGACCAGGGAGCUCGGGUUUCAGGAGGGUCCAAAUCCCUCUAAUGAUGGACUGGCACCGGUGACCUCCGACCACUUUCCGUCCUCUACUUCGUCCCUGGCCAACGGCCUCCAUCUACAGAAAAGGCUGGGGCUCAGCACCUGCCAGCGCAGGCAGACGGAGACUCAAAUAACGCACAUAGACCCAGAUGUGCAUGCACAGGUUGUUUCACACGCACACAUGGAUAAUUGUGGACACAUGGAUAUCAACCCACAUACGGGUUCCGUAGGGCCCGAACACUCCAGAACUCUCACACCAGAGGCCAUACACACAACCUCACCUCAACCCCUGUCUUUGGCACUUGGCAAUCAUCCUGCCUCCUCUAACCAGUGGGCAGCCCCAGUGCUCACUGCAGAGACAGACAAUCCCUCAACCUUUUGUCCAGUCCCUAUUGGUCCAACCCCAAACACAGACUCCUCCCCUCUACCUGUGGAGGCAGAAAAGAAGUAUGCACUCCGCAGCUCUGGACGUCCCCGCUUCCCCUGUCACUUGCGCAAAUCCUCCCGCCUCCGCCGAAGCAUAGAGGAUGGGGAGAAGAGAGCAGGGAGGGAGAGGGGAGGAGAGGGGGAUGAUGACGUAUUGGAGAAGAUCUGGAGGGUUAAAGAGGAGGAAGUGGCCGUUGGAGAGAAUGAAGAGCAUUCGUCUGUGGAGGCUGUUCUCCCCACAGCUCCCUGCCCUACAGACAUUGCUCUUGCUCUAACUGUACCCAAACCUGCUCCUAAAGCUAUCCCUAAACCUGGACCCAGACUUGGUCAUAAACCUGGACCUAAAUCCAGGUCUAGACCAACACCGAAAUCUGUCCAUAAAGCAGCUCCUAAAAGUGUGAAACAGCGCCAGGCAGCCCAGUCCAUAGUUCAUCGUGCCCCCCCUCAUCUCCCAUUUUCCAACACAUCCACCAUCGCUGCAUCUCUGCAAACUGUGAAGCAGGAACCUGUUGCGGAGUUGGGGGUAUCUCCUCCUAAUAACCGGAGACGUGGGCGCUUUGUAGGCGUGAGGAAGAUUGUUGUCAAGGUAGCUCGCAUUCCUGUCAGCCUUAGCCGCCGUCAGAAGAGCUACAAGAUUUCCAAUUUGGAGACAGUUACAGGGACAGAGAAAGGCAAUGAUGGCGGUCUAGAGGGCUCAGAGAUAGUUCGAGAGCCGACCGCACUUCUCCGAAUGAAGAACAAUGGGAAGAGUGUUAUGGUGAUGUUCCCUCCUGGAGAAAUGCCUGUUAUUCUCAAACGUAGGCGGGGACGACCACCUAAACAGGCUGUGCCAGGAAUACCGGGAGAGCUUCCGAAUGCAGGGAAUGCUGGUGGUAAUGGAGACCAGCCCAAGAAGCCCCAGAGGCGGCGGCGGACUAAACUCCCUUCCCCUUAUCCAUCCUAUGUUAAUGAUACCAAUGAUGUGAAGACAGAGUAUGGGGAUGUUCUGUCCAAGCUGGCCUUUUUAAACCGCCAGCCCCCUGCCACUGGCCGCUGCUCUCCCCCACGUUGCUGGACACCCAGUGAGCCAGAAAGCUUUCAUACCCCCUUAGAAAACCCUGGAAUAUCCACCAUGCUCCACCGGCUCACUGGGUUUAGACGCCCCCGAGGUGGCAGAGGAGGGGGCACUGGAAGAGGUGGAGGAGGAGCAGGGGGGAUUGGGGGCAGUGAGCGCAAUAAGAGCACUUUCAGUGACUUCUUUGAAUCCAUUGGCAAGAAGCGGAAACCGAGCCCCCUGUCUGAGCAUGGAUUACCUAGGAAAAGGGGAAAGGGUGUGGGUGGUAGGGGAGGAGGUAUCGUGGGAACUGAGCCUGGGGGCGAGAAAAUAGUCAGGAAGAGACGUGUGAGAAAAAACGGUGCAUUUAAAGGGGAUGGGGUGUCCAUGGGGCAGGAGUGGCCCAAUGGAGCAGGUGGCUGGGGGCAGGGGGGUAUGGACAAGGAGAAAGGUUUGACUGGGUAUCAGCUCUGUGGAUCUCCAAGGGGGGGGUUUUCCUCCUGUGAGGUUGGAAGGGGAGGUGCCUACAGCAGUUCAGGAGGAAGCAGAGGGGUUGGGCCAGCUGGGGAGGACUCACAAGGCCUGUUUGCUGGAUAUUUCCGGUCCCUCCUCGACUCAGAUGAUUCAUCAGACUUGUUGGACAUCUCCUCUUCACAGUCAGACCCCCGAAAAGCUUCAUCCAACCCUGGUUAUGAGCCAUCCAGUCCAGCUACGGGUCACAGCUGGUCACCCGCAUUCCCCAAGUGGAGCUCCAAGGGUGCAAGUUCUGGGGUGGAGGGUUCAGCCCAGACACAUUGCUCCUCAGCAAGGCCUCCAUACAGCUAUGGCGGCCUUGCCCAAACCUCCCCCACCACUUCUACCUAUCCCAAAACCACUCCUCCAUCUCUCUCACACUCUCCUAGUUCUCCCCAUCCAUCCUCUUUUGGCCACUACUCCUCUGGCUACUCAUCCUCUUCUCCUGCAGUGCCACAGAGAUUAUCAGAUUGCAGCUUUGCAUAUGGAUCUGGACCCAGCAGUGGCAAGGCCACCACUCUUGGUCAAAUGGGUUAUUCUAGCUACCAGGCAGCAGCCAGGCGAAGCUAUGGUGGAUAUUCUGCAGCAGGUCAUUCCUCCAUGGUGCGGGGGGAGUCAACAGGACCCACAUCACCAGGAGGAGGGUACAUGUCUGUGGCCAAAAGUAGCCCCUUCAGCUCCUCCUCUCCAGAAGGUUACAAACAGUAUAACUCCAAUCAGUGGAGCUACAGACAAGGUUAUGGUAGCUGGUCAGACAGCUAUGGACCUCAGUACCACGGCUACAGUGAAUAUGGCUCCAGUGAGUCCAAAGACAUCUUGGAUAUCUCAAACUACACCCCCCAGAAGGCCAAGCGACAACCUUUUCCUGAAAGUCUAUCAGAAUCCUCCUCUGACUCUUCACAUCUUGGCUCUGCAGCCACUGGUAGUGGACCUAGCUCCACAUGCGGCACGUACAAAUUAAAUGAGGCUGCUUCUGUAAGUGGAGAGGGUGUUCAAUCAAGUCUGUCCAGCUUGGAGAAGUUGAUGAUGGAUUGGCAUGAGAGUGCUUCGGGGCCCUCGUAUAACUGGAGCCAGAACGUCCUCUUCCAGGGUGGGGGAACCAGCAAACCCGGUCGCGGUCGAAGGAAACGUACUGAACCACAAUCAGAAAAAGAAGGGGGUUCUGCUUUACACUCUGAUUCCCCAUCUAGUCCUUCCCCAACGCCUACUCAUGGACCCAAGCGGGGAGGGGUUGGAGGGCGGGGCAGAGGGUCUAGAGGAGGCAGAGGGGGUUUGUCUCCAUGUCAGAGAGAGCGGCCAUCAGGAGCCAAAGGCAGGGGCAAGGCUGCCUCUACAUCUGGAGCUGGAGGAGCAGUGACUGCUGCAGGUCCAGAGGGGUCUGGGCUGUUCCAGGAGGGGCUGGACUAUUACAGUGGAGACAGUAGUAGUCUCUCUCCCCUGGCCACUCCCAAUCCUGCACCAUCUUCCAGCUACCUCCAGGACCCCUGUGAGUACCCCUCCCCCUAUUCUGCCCACCCAUCCACACCUUCCUCUGAGGAGCGAUAUCCAGCCUUAUACCCUGGAGAGUCCUCUUCUUCCCUCUCACCUAGUGUCUCAUCUCCCCCUUACCCUCCCAAGCCCACCCCUCCUCCACCCCAGUCUUACCACCCUGUCCCCUCCAGGACAUUCUCCCCCUCCUGUUCUCCCUCACCACGGAUAACACCCCACUGUGCCACCGCACUGAGUCCCUCACAUCGCCCCCCUCCAAAAGACCCACAGUUCUCGCAGUAUGACUCUCCCAGCUAUUGCAGCUCCCCCUAUUGGUACGGACAAACAUCGCACAGUGGCAGCCCCAGUCCGCACUCUCACAGCACACACUCAAAUACAGCCGUGCACACACACAGCAACCCACACUCAAGUCCUCAUGGAAAUACACAUGGUAAUCCGCUCGCUAGCCCAAAUGUGAACACACACACACAUAUGAACCUGACUCCCCAUGACCCACACCAUCACAAUACACAGCCCCACGCAAGCCUGAGCUUACACACCCAUUCCACCUCACUCCUCCAGAGCAACCCCCUGUCCCACUCAAACCCUCACACCAACAAUCAACCCCACCACAAUACACACACCAACCCUCACCUUCCCUCCCAUACACACUCCAACCCCAGUACCAGCCUCCACUCCCACUCAACAACUGGGCUUUAUGAGGAGUGCAGCCCUCCCUCGACCGUGCCCCCCCACAAGCGGGAUCUGACCCCCCACACUAUGAGCACAGGCCACCGCCAGGUCCCCUUGCCUCACUCCCCAUACCCCAAACCUCCCCUGGACUCUUCACCCCAUCAGGAGGACACUGGUGGCUUCUCCUUGUCCCACCAAUCCUACCAGGGUAUGGGACACCGCUACCCCUCCCAAGCAACUCAGGGAGGUGGGGUGCUGUGCCAGCUCCUUGACACAGCCAAUGAUGACAGCUUCAGCGUUACCAGCCUGUAACAGCAGGUGCAUUCAAUCCAAGCUUUUACAGAAUUGCAAAGUUUUUUUUUUUCUUCUUUUUUGUUAAGGAGACUUCUUUGUGAGAGGCUGUGAAAUGAAGGGUGAGAAUUUAGCUGCCAGCUUUGGACAGUAAAGCUUUUAUUCUCCAGCAUUGACAAUCAAGAUUAACUGCAAUCACACACACACACACACACACACACACACACACACACACACACACACACACACACACACACACACACACACACACACACACACACACACACACACACACACACACGUGCAGAUUAAUUUACUACCUAUACAUGGACACAUAAAAUCACAUGUGUACACUCACUCACACUCUAUGCUGGAAUGAGGGAAUGGCUAAGAGGAGCUGACAGAUGAAUACCAGACACUGAUGGACAGAGACAAACCUUCAAGUCCUGCUCUGAUACACAGAGGACUCUGUUUCCCAGAAGUCUGUCUCUUGCCAAAUAUUUCUGAUCCUGUUCUGUACAUCUGCAAUAUGGAUGAUCACACCGCUCUCUCUUUCUGUUUCUUUCCUCUGUUCUCUCCGCUCUCUCCUUCUGCUAAACCAGCAACUGUGUUCUGCACUCGACCUACACUAACCCUGCAUUUCUGUCUUGUGCCCUAACCUGAACCGCAUCUGAGCCCAAAUCAACUUUUUAAAUACCACAAGCCUAGCAAAUGUCCCGCUCUGUGCAUUCCUUGUGUUGUGUCCCAUAAGAGAAAAGUGGACUAAACCAGUUUCUGCUCUUGAAAUACCAGCAUCUGUACAUACGACUCCAGCUCCAAGCCAGAGGCCUCCUCUUCACUCUGAGGGUCCAUCAUCAACAUGCCCUCCUCAGCGUUCUGCCAUGGUUUCUCUGCUCUGCGGGGGGAGAGAGGACUGCAGCAUGGAGAACCAACAUCCUGUGUUUGCUGUUUUAACUACAAGGGAAAGACAUUGAAAUCACACAAUGGCCCCAAAGAGACUCUUGUUUUCUGUGUGCGAAUGUGAGGCAGAGGAGGGUGUGUUUGUGUGACUGCAGUAAUGCAUGUAUUUGUGUGUAUGUGUGCAUUUAUGUUUGUGUGAGCGUGUGUGCGUGCCUGUGGGGUCAAAAGGAGUGAAGCUCCCCAGACACCAAAGUCUUGGUGGGGUCUCAUUCUUUCUUUCACUCUCUCCCUUCUUUUUUCUGUGGUCUUGUGUUGUUUGGUGGUUUUUGUGAUGAAAAAAAUGUAUAUCUGUCUGUUACAUAUCAUGUAUGUAUCUGAGGUGCAAAAUAUUUAAAUACACAUUCUGUUCUUGCCAUUGGUAA